AUGAAGAUCAAGAAGAAACGCAAUGCACGUGCACCCCCAUCACUCUCCGAUGUUGAUGAUCAAUCACCCACCAUCACCAAAGAAGUGGAAGACGCCAUGAAAGAAAACCAAAAUGGGAACUACACCAAAGCCUUGACUCUUGUCGAGGCCACUCUGUCCCAACACCCAAGCUCCGCUCUUGCUCUCGCUGCCCUCAGCUUCUGUCACUUAAAAUUCGUGUUUUCUGCCGAACACUCCACCACUCCCGUUUCAUCUGACGACGGUCUCCUCCAACUCGCCGAAACUUUCAAUCACGUCAAAGAAGCGGUGGACUUAUCCAAGCGAGCCGUGCACUUGUGCCCCAACUCCCUCGCCUGCUGGUUCUUCCAUGUCAACGCACUCUUCAAGUUAACUGAAUAUGACGCCAAUGCCGGCCAUGAACCUGUGAUAGAAGCUUGCGAUGCUGGUUUAGCCAUCGAAUUUGCCCCAGAAGAUUUGGCCACAGAGCCCCGAAUUGAAGAAUUCAGAACGUGUCUCAGACUCAUCAAACUACAAAGCAAGUAUCUCAUAGACACUAAAUACUUGGAAAAUUUAAAGAAUGAGAUUCAAGAACUACAAGAACGAAAGGAAGAGAUCGAAGAGAGAGCUAUAACAGCGAGUAAGAACUUCGAAACGACAGAAUUGAUGCCUUUGCCAGAAAACAAAAGGAAGAUCAAGAACCUCAAGAAAGUAGUCGUGUUGGAUGUCGACACGGUGGAGAGACGGGUCAAGACUUACUGGAAUGACACGAUGACUAUGGAGCAAAAGAAGGAUUUGUUGAGGAUUCAAAUCGAAGACCUUAAACUGCAUUUUGCUAAGAACAAAUUGGCCAUGGAGGUGAUGAAACAGGCGGUGGAGUACGCGACGGGGGCGAAGAAUUGGAAGUUUUCAAGUAACACAGAGUGUCGUUGGUGCGGAGAGAGGUUUUUCAAUGCCAAAUUGACUGGUGAGCAUAUGAAGAGGGUGCAUUUAGGGACUUUUUCCGUUGAGUUAGAUUCAGUCCGUCCAGAAUUUUUAUUUGAUUCACUCUGGGACACUGUUGAAUCAGGAAAAUGGAAACCCGUGAACGUGGUCGAAGCAAAGAAAAUAUUGGAAGAUUUGUCAAGAAACGAGGGUGGAGAUAAAGAUUUCAUGAAACAAAAGUGGCCUUAUUGCGACGAUAGACGGCGUGAAGAGAUCAUUAACAAAAUUCGAGCAGUGUUACGCCAGUUCGUGGGUAUAAAAUGUUUUUGUUCUAGUCAUCUUUCGGCGUUGAUGAACUUGAUAUUGGAAAUGCUGAAGAAGCAAGUCCCGGAACAGCUGCUUAUGGAAUAUGGGAUAAACCGGACCCUGCUUUCAGUGUGCUUUCUGGACAUCUCUGAGCUUAAUCUUGUGUUCGAGUUCUUGGAUGAUCUUGCCAAUGUUUGUGGGUUACGGAGGCUCGUCUUGAGUCUUGGAAUGGAGACGGCUAUAGGUGAACAUAGUGUUGCUAAUUAUGAGAAGAUUGUUUUCAAUGAGGACUUCUCUUGUGUAGUUUUCGACAAGAGAAUGCUGCGUGGAGAGCUUAUGGUGUCGAAUGAUGGAGCUGCUGUUACUUCUAGUACUGAUGAUGAAAUCGAAUUAAAUGAUGAUGAAUAUAAAGAUGCUAUUUUGGAUUGGUUAUUGAAGGGAGGUACUAAUAUUGGGGAGCAAUUAAAGCAGUGGACAAAUUUGAGAGAAGCUAGUAGAAGUGAAGGGAAAGAGCUUUACAAGAUCUAUGGGGUUGAAUUUAACCGGUUGCUGAACAUUUGUGAGAAAAAAGUACAAUAUUUGAGAGACAUUAAGGUAUGGCAGAAUUUGGAGAGUAUAUGUGUUAAAGAAGAUAAGAGAAGAGAAGAGUUUGGGUACGAACCAGUGAGCUACAAGUAUCUCUUGUCAAAUCAGAGACAGAUUGCAAGCACAAAUGGUAAUAUUUUCGAGUUGGAUAUCUUAUGGAAUAUUUUGAGAGAAGAUCAUGUGGACAAUGAAAUAAAAUUGUUGAUUGAGGAGCAGAUUGAUGAGAUGGAUGCAAAGCUUUACAAAUUGGAUGCUAUAAUUAGGACAACUACUGUAAAUAUGCAGCAGACAGGGAAGAAAAUUAAAGCAGUAACUAAUUAUGACUACCGAUCAAUUUUGGUGCCCCUGCUGAAGUCAUUCAUGCGGGCACAACUGGAAGAACAGGCCAACAAAGAUGCAGAAAAGAAGUAUGAGGCUGUAGAAGAAGCAUUGUUAUCAGAAUUUGAUGAUCUUGAUAAAAAGAAAAAGACUGACAAAGGAGGUGGUAAUGCAAGACAAGGACAGGGAAAUUCCAAGGAAAAAAAUAAGAAAAGGGAUAAAAUAAAGUCAAAGAAAUAAAAGGCCUUGUAUUCUGAU